AUGCUUUUUUUGGAGAAGAUCGAGCUGGUAAUUUCUCCACUUCCAACUUGGUUAACCGCUAGCAAAAGUGGAGACCUUGGUCAUGUGACACUUUUGGGUUUGCCCCUAUAUCGUGAUGUGUUCAACAGCAGUACCUUCACUGUGACGAUUUGUAAUUCAACAGUCACCUGUUGCUGCUUACACCUCUCUGUAAUGAGCUUGCCCAAAGAUCCACCCAUCUUCACAUGUUUGGUCGAUCACCCGAUACUUGCUGCCAUCGUCACCGGUUUGGAAAAUCCAGAGCGUAUCAUGCAAUCUCCAAUAGGCAGAAUAAAUCUUUGGAGCACAAUGCAUGCCCAUUUGGUUGGUUUUAAUCUACAGCCAGCGAGUCGCAACGUUACGAGACACAGCUUUGCUGUGUUGGACAAGAAACCAAAGAUAUUAAGUUCACUGCAAAUUCUGGCUCAGGCUACCAAUCACCAAAACUGUACAAGUGCAAUUAAUAAGGAAGGCUUCCUGCGGCUUUACUUUCUGUGGAAAAUAGGCUGUGGGUAUCUUGACGACACAUCAUUGCAUCUUCUGACCAAAAUUGAAACUCGGUUCCAAAGCAAACCAGUCAUUUCAGAGUGGCUGGGUGCAACCACAAAUGGAAGCCAAGUCGUCUUGUUAGAUUGGAUGGUUGGAGAGUACUCUCCUAAACUCAAAGUUCGAUCGAAACGACAUAGCCCUCAGGUCUAUCAGCGCGUUUAUCCAUCUCGUACUGCUGGAGCCAUUUCGGAGGCCUCAGGAGUGGUUUCAUCCGAUGUAGAAAGUCUUAAUCUUCCACCUUCCUCUAGCACAUCACCCAUCGUUGUGCAAGCAAUAGCACCAAUAGAGAUAACAGUUAACCAAAUAUCUAAUAUCAGGAUACCGGCGACCACAUUUGAUGCACCUGACGGAACCAAGCUUCAGUUAAAACUAUUUGAUCACAUGUACCCGAUGCAGUUCGGGUUUGAUUUUAAAGACCCGUCAACUGUGACCGGUAAAGAGAUUGACAGUAAAGGAACUAAUUGGGUUUCUUUUGACGCUGCCAACGAAAUACUCCGACUUCGACCCUACUCCGAGCAUGAAGGCACGCACAAAUUCGUUCUCUGUGCCUACAACAUAGCUGGCACCCGUGCCUGCACGAACAUUCACGUACACGUGAAACCGCCGACACCGAUCAAAAAAAGUUUCAUCCUUCACGUGUAUCCAGGUAUUUUCUGGUGUUACCCAGUGCCCGUAUACUGGUUCUCGGAGCUCAAAGUUGUGUCCAUGUCCGACAUUGACAUAUCUGUGACAGGUGAAUUGUUCUCGUGGGAUCGAAAUAAAGGUGAAAUCUGUGUUGUUACUGAACUUCAAAGUGAACAAAUCAUGGCCUUCUUCUUUCGGGGGACACAUAAAGCCUCUACACAAGCAGUGGAGGUCGAGUUCCGAAUCUCGGUGAAGGUACCACCCAUAGAGAAAAUAAUUUCCAGCCCAAGACUUCGGAUUCGUCUUCGGUGGAUGAACGCUUUUAACAGUUAUGAGAUGAGGGAGCUGUCACGCCUGAACUCCAGCCUGGCACAGGUACUACGUGUUCGCGUGAAUCCCAGCGUCACGUCUCAAAACAUAUUUAUCUACGACGUCCUCAAAAUUAGAAAUUUUCAGGAAAAGGAUAAUUCACAAUUAUCAAAAUUAUUGGAAGUUGAGUUCGUAUACCUCCCACUGGGCCUUCCAGAUGCCAGCUACUCAGAAUACUGGAGCCUUCUUGAUGAGUUGAACAGCCGUUCAUGGCGCACGUCGACGUCAGAAAUCAGUCAUGCCAGCAAGGAUAAGCACUUUAUUAGUUUGAAGGGUAUUUGUGAGAGUGCCCGCCUCAGCGGCAGCGUGAGCGCUCUGCAAGCGGCGGCAGAAUCCUUGCACCCCUUUCACCUUGAAAGUGUAACAGAGUUGGAGCUCUCAGGAAGUGCCUGUUCAAGGAUCCUUCAGUCGUCUAGCAUUGGUGCUCGAGGAGAUGGUGCAACACAGUCGACCGAUAUUUUAUGCUCCAUAUUUUUUACUUUUAUUCAAUGUUUUAUGCACGUACGUAUAGCCAACCUCCCUUUCUUGGAUCAAGUGAUUGACAAUUUCACUGUCGAAGCGGGCUUGGCCUUUAAGAAGAGGAUUAAUCCUAACAAGGUGGUACCAAUGUCCAGGAUACGCGCCAUAGAAAUCAUCGACGAAUAUUACAACAGACUUGGUGACUCGGCCUGGAUAAAUGUUGCCGAAGACAAAACCAACUUAUUCGGUCUACCUCUUCAAAACCAAGUUCGAAAGGACGCUUAUCGCUUUUGGUUAAGUAUAUUGACAGUUGACCACAGAGAACCAAUCAACAUUCACUUUACAGUGGACGUGGUUAAGUGGCCACUCAAAGUGACCUCACUCCCUACACGGCAUGGGUGGUUUCCUCGUCUAAAGACAGUUCAUAAUCAUCGUGUGCGAAUGCGGAUGAAACUGGACGAAAUGGCCGGACGUGGCAUUUCACUCACACACAAUUGGCCGCCGAAAUCUCCUGAGAAAUCACUUUCUUACAGAUGGAGUUUGCUUAGUAACCUUGACAGGUACUUUCGACCUGAUUGCGGGCUUCACUGUGGCGUUGGGAUUAUGCUGAUUGACAUUCAGCGGCAAGACACCAGCAUAAUUUUUCUCCUGAAUUGCAGGAAACGAAAAACAGAACGUGUAUUGGUUCACUAUAGUAUGGUACAGGAGGUAUUAUGUAGCAAAUUAAUGCAGUUUUCCGCAUAUCAUUCAGACCAAUCUGUCAUUCAAGUGGAUUGGGCUCUGCUACCUUUGCUUCAGGAGGGACUACGAGAAAUGUUUACAACGAUGGGCAACUUUUCAGACACUGUUGCUGCCACUUCAAGUAGCAUUUGCCCGCAGAGUUCCAUUCAAGACCUUCAAAGAAGGCUCCUUAGAGCCCCGUUAAACCACAGGUAUUCAUCACCCUCCUCUGCGGUUGCGUCAGCGCACCAGGAUUACUUUCCCUUAAAUGAUCUAAGGCAGGCCUCGUGGUCGGCUCCAGCACCACAACUAGUUGAGCAUCUCGACUGGGCCAGGCUGGGGACCACAAUGGUAAUCGCCGUGGACCUAAUUGGCACGUGUUUCGCGCCUUACUGGAAAGGAGGCAGCCACGCGUCUGUGGACGGAGGGCGACCUUCAACCUUCAUGCCCAUUGUCAACUUCACCACCUAUAUUGGUGAGCUUCGCGCACAUAUGUAUUUUAUUACGGACGAAGAAACAAAUAUUUGCGUUAUUCGCAGCCUCAUGGAUGUAAAUCACUUUGUAAAUGGCGACCAAUUCCUACACUACGUGAUUUGUCACCAAACGUAUUGGUUUUUCUUACAGGAGAGACUUUUCGACACCCUAUAUCAGCGGACAAUACGUGCGUGCGGUCUCUCUCGCAAAAUGCUCGAUUGUUUGACAAAGCAACUAAAAUGCAAUUUUCGUUUAGGAGAUGUUUUAAAUGUAAUAUGGGCAAAGAAAUCUCUUGUGUAUCUACCAAGUCUGUCAAAAUGGACAAAGAGUUCAACUGCUCAACCAGCAGCAAGUGAAAAAUAUUUGGAUGGACGGAAAUUAAACGCCCCUCAAAGGCUAACCCAGCGGGAACCUUUUGGGGAGCUCCCUGCUCCACGAAACUCCGAAACUGACCACGAGUCGUCUUGUCGUUGGGAGGAACUGGAGAAGCUCACGCAGCGAUUGCAGAGCCAGGGCCCGGAUCCCCAUGUCCUGCCUGAGCUGGUUCAGCUUUUUGCACGAACCGGAUUCGGCCGUCUACUGGAUGUAAAAGUUGAGAGACUGGGACAUUGUUCUGGACAUCCAAAGUCAGCUGUUUCAGGCAAGCUGGAGUGCGCUACGACUAAAUACAAUUGCUAUGUCAGCGACCCUGUCAACACCAUGCGGGCUUUGUCUAUUACUGCAAUGGAUUCAAACCUCAAAGUUCAAAAUAAGAAUGCUAGCAGAAGUGGUAUCUCCGAGAUUUUCGACAAAGACUGGGACUGGGGAUACGAAUAUGAUGAUGACGGCCGUAAAACAACCGAUCUUUCUACGGAAAACCCCUUUUACUUUAUGGAAUUUUAUAACCAGGAUCGAUCAAAUGAUGGAAACUCAGCUGACGUUGAAUGCAUUGGUCGUUCUCCGUUAAAGUGUUCCUUUAUGAAGAGAAACAUGAACAAAUCUGCUGUCUUUCGCAUGUCCUUACGGACCCUUAAAAAUUCCGUGAAGGCGAUUCGCGAGAAGCUCACUGUUAUGAAUGAAAACUAUUUUGCGACAUUCCCAAUAGGGGGCAGACGGCCGACGUCAAAUCAACAACCAGAUACCAUCGACAUCCCCAGCCCCUUUGACUACCUUGAUAUAGGGCAACCGACUCCCUUCACUACAAACCGGCCAACACUGAAUUAUCCCUACGAUCCAUCUAGCUUCCUUCAGCCACAGUCAGAACGACCUGGCCAACAGCAGCCCGUGAGCACCCAACAUCAACAGCGGACAUUUCUCCUUACGACCCUCCUUCCACUAUGCGCUAUAGUACUAGUCCUGCUGGCCAUCGUUCUAAUUAUCAUUUGGUUUCUCAAGUGUCGAGGAAGAAAAGCGGAGGCAAAAAAGUCCCGGGAAGAAGGAGAUGAAGCAGGCUUAUGUGGAGAGGGUGGCCACCGCUCAGCAUCUCCCGAACGAGUGCCUUUAAAAGAAGAAAAGAAGGUCCUUGGUAAGAAAAACGGCAUAUUAGCCAAUAAUGGGAGCCAAAUGUGCAAUAAAACACCUCAGAAAUCCCUUGACCACCUGAAGGAUAUUGAUAGUAUUCCGUCGGCCCCUUCAAAGCCCCUAAUAUUUCCCAACGAGAAGCCCCCACUGAAGCCUCCAGAGAUCAUAUCCCCAAUGGCAAAAACCCAAGUCGAUGCCUCUGUCAAACCACGCGUUACAUCCUCUGGAUCGCCCACCACGCGUCAGUUCUAUGCAAUGGGACAGCGACCAAAUCCCUAUCGAAACCUCCCCCCACCUAUUGACACCAGAUUCGGUUUACCGCGGCAAAUGGCCCCACACUUUGGCCCCUACCGCAGGGAUCCCCUUGUCUAA